CGUGGCGGUCUGGCGCCGCUGCUGCCUGCCAGGUUUCCCUAGCAAUGAGCCAUGCCGUACGGCGCAGCGGCCUCCUCCCCAGGCCGCCCAGCCUGCCGCCUCUUGCCUCCCGCCUGGCCCCUGCCAGCCUCCCGCCUUCCUCCGCCGCCUUGCCCGUGCCGCCCUCCCCGAGGCAGCAAGCCCAUGGCCGGAUCCAUCUCGGCGCGGCUGCAGGGCGAAGCGGCCGCCUUCACCGCCGCCCUCCGCACCCUGGUCAACAACCCCCAGUUCAGUGACGUGACAUUUGUGGUGGGCCCGGAGCAGCAGAAGGUGUUUGCGCACCGCUGCGUGUUGGUGUGCCGCUGCCAGGCUUUCCAGGGGAUGCUCUGCCAGGGGCCAGGGGACAGUGAGGACUCCCCCAGCGGUGUCCCACCCCAGGGCCCCUUCGUCCUGGGAAAUGUGCAGCCUGAGGUCUUCCUGACUGUCAUCGAGUUCCUCUACACGAACAGCGUCACCCUCAACAAACACAUUGCACUGGAGGUGCUGACUUCAUCAGUAGAAUAUGGCCUGCAGGACCUGUGCAAGCUCUGUGUCACGUUCAUCAAGGACACCCUGAGCAUUGAGCAGGUCUGCGAGGCUCUGCAGGCUGCGGUGACCUAUGGGCAGGCAGACCUCCAGCAGCACUGCCUGUCCUUCAUUGAGGGCUGCACUGCGGCAGUUAUACGGACACGGGGCUUCCACGAGCUCUCUGAUGUGGUGCUUGCACGGGUGCUGCGCAGUGACCGCCUGGACGUGGACGAGCUGGACCUGGUACAAGCUGUGAGGGAGUGGGCACACGUCAGCUCACAGGCUGUCCUGGAGCGCCCAGUAUCCGAGGUGGCUGCCCUGCCCGUGCAAGAGCUACGCUUGCCCUUACUAGCACCCAGCGAGCUGGCAACACUGGAAACACACAACCAGCACGAUCUGCUUAUCCCGAUGGAAAGCAUCGCAGCGGCCUGGCGGUCCCAUGCACUGAGGAAGGGGAGUGGGGUGCCCUCCCACCUCUGCCGGCCUCGGCGUGGCACACGGCCCCGUGAGCACCACCGCCGCCUUGACCCGCAUGCCAAGUAGGGGCUGGGUGUUGAGGUUACCCCCAGUCCAAUCUGGGGGCUCGGGCAGCAGCAGUGCCUCCCAAGCAGCAGUGGGGCAGGCUGUGGGGCUGGGCCCUACCAGAGGUGCUUCCCUGGUCAAGAGCAUCAACACAGUGCUUUGCCUCGCAGCUUCGGGGUGAGAGGAGCAUGCCUGAGUCACCCCAAGCCAAGUGCAGGGAGUGGAGUGGGGGGUCAGAGCUGGGCCGUGGGAUGGGUGCGAGGACACCCAGGGGCCCGCACGCAGCCUGGGUAGUGAUCCCAGGGGUGGUGGGGCUGCGGGGGGUCCUUUGCGAGAUGGGGACGCGGCGAGCUCGGCCUCUCGCAGCCCCACCGCCGCUCCCCUAGCCGGGCCCUUUGCUGAGCCUCUUCCCCGGAGCUGUGCUGCCCUCGGCCGGCAGCGAGGCUGCGCUGCAGCAGGCAGCGAGCGCCGACACAGCCCCGCCUCCACCCCACGGCAGCGAUGGGAAGGGGCUGAGCGGCCUGAGAGAUAGGGUCUUGGAGGCGAGACCGUGGGAGGAGAGGAACCAGUAGCUCUGCACCCACUCGGCACCGCCGCUCCCACGCCAGUGACCCCUCUCUCAUCCCGAACCCCAGCCCAAGCGGCUGCCUUGGCAGCGCUUUCCAGCCCCUCACAGCCUCCGGGACACGCUCGCACAGCGCCAGGCUGUCAGCCCCUCCGCAACCCCUUCUUGCACACCCCACCGCAUGUGGGUCUGUCCCAAGCACCCCCCACCCCCUCCGCUCUGUGCCACUCAGGAGAAAGGGCCAGACAAAUCAGGUAAUUUAUAUAUAAUAUAUAUAUUUACUCUUUAAAAAUAAACCUUCGGUCCCCACUACCGCCUGUACAAACUACAAAAAUAAACCUUUGCUCUCUUUGAUAUAAAUAA